AUGGCGUCCACAAUGACAGACGCGAUCGUCGUGCGGUGGGGUAACGCUCGGCUGGACGGAAGACUGAAAGGAACUCCACGCGUGCACCUGGCCUCAGUAUUGGAGGUAAGUGGCCGAAAAAAAGGUCAUUUAUGGACUGUUACUGUGCGCGCGCUAAUGGGGGAGAGUGAUCGCAGUGCUACAACAGUGCAAGCAGGAAUUUCCACUGAAGGCUUGCAGCAAGUUAAGGCACUUGCUCCCUGUGCCCUUAAGGUCAUCUUGGAGGCUGCUUUCAAAACAGAAAUGAAUCCACGAAAAUUGUUCAAUAAGAAAUGUGUUCAUCUCAGUUACUACGAAAUUUUAUUUGCUUCUCUGCUCACAGUUUUUGUGUGCCUUUGUGUUGGACUGAUUGUAUUUUCAUGGCUACUGAUCCAUGAGUUAAAACAAGCUGAAGCAGAUGGAAAUGAUCACAGCUACAUGGGGACUUUUAAGAUACUGUCUGGGACAUCAUUCAGUCCCGGAUUGCAGGACAGUUCAUCAGAUGAUUUCAAGAUCCUUGCCUUUGAUGUUGAACGAUUGAUAGAAGAAAUUUUUCAAACAAGUCGUCUGAAAAAUGAUUUUGAGAGAUGUGAUGUUUUGCAUUUCAGGGAAUAUGAAGGAGGUCCUGAAAGCUCCAAGAAGUCUGAAAUUGGUGUUAUUGCAGUCUUCUACCUUUAUUUUACCCGGUGGGUAUCAACUGAAGACACAAAAAAUGAACUGGCUUGGGGUAUAGCAGCAAACAGAACUAGCCUUACCCAGACUUUGGAAGUUGAUCUAAACAGCAUACAAAUCACAGGACAACUCACUACAAGCAAGUCCUUAACAACUUUAGGUAAUAUUUCAGUUGAAUGCCUUCCUCUUGCUGAACUUUGUGCCAAUGGUGUAACCUGUGUAGAAAAAGACUUCUUUUGUGAUGGAGUCCUGGAUUGCCCAGAUGGCUCAGAUGAAUCUGAAAAAAGAUGUGGUACAGUAUGUGAUGGAAAAUUUAUAUUGACUGAUUCCUCUGGGUCUUUUCACUCUAUGAAUUAUCCAAAACCAUACAAUGCAAAUAUUGUUUGCCAAUGGAUUAUACAAGUGCCUGAAGGAUUAUCCAUUAAAUUGAACUUCACUUCUUUUGAUACAGAGUCGUAUUCAGAUAUGUUAUAUAUUUUUGAAGGCAAAGGGCAAAACAAGACAUUAAGAGCGUCUCUCUCAGGGACUAAUCCUGAAACAGUUUACAUUUUUUCUAAUGAGGCCACAGUAAAAUUUGAAUCAGAUUAUUCUGAAAAUCAUGAUGGUUUUAACGCAUCGUAUACUGCAUUUAAUACAAAUGAGCUAAACAAUGAUGAGAAAGUCAGUUGCACUUUUGAAGAUGGCUUUUGUUACUGGAGUCAAGAUUUAGAAGAUGAUUCAGACUGGGAGAGAAUUUACGGCCCUACUUUUCCCGCUUUGACUGGUCCGGAUUUUGAUCAUACUUUUGGCAACAUAUCAGGAUUUUAUAUUUCAACACCAAGGAUAUUUGGAUUAUUUGGAGAACUUAAAGUCAGGAUUGUGAGUUUGCCCUUGGUCUCUUCUGAUCCAUCUUGUCUAAGCUUUUGGUAUCACAUGUAUGGUGCUGAUGUUUACCGUUUGAGCGUUAGCAUAAUUAAUAAACAUGAUAUGGAAAAGAUAGUAUUCCAGAAAGAAGGAAACUAUGGAAACAACUGGAAUUAUGGACAAGUAACUUUAAAUGACUCCUCUGAUUUUAAGGUAAUUUUUGAUGCCUUUAAAAGGCCUGGUCAAAGUGAUAUUGCCUUGGAUGAUAUUGGCUUGACAAAGGGAAAGUGUAAUGAAAGUAUUUUUCUAGAGCCAACUGUGGUUCCAGUUUCUCCUACUGUGCCUUCACUUCCUACUGACUGUGGAGGGCCAUUUGAACUUUGGGAGCCAAACAAUACCUUCAGCUCUGAAAACUUCCCAAAUAAUUACCCUAAUCAAGCUUCUUGUAUAUGGUAUUUAAAUGCUGAGAUGGGGAAAAACAUUCAACUUCAUUUUCAGUUUUUCGACCUGGAAAAUAUUUAUGAUGUAGUUGAAGUCAGAGAUGGCAGAGGAAGAGAUUCCUUGCUUUUAGCUGUUUAUACAGGGCAAAACCCGUUGCCAGAUGUCUUCUCUACAACAAACCAGAUGACAGUACUCUUAUUGACAGACGACUCUUCAACUAAGAAGGGUUUUCUUGCAAAUUUUACUUCUGGCUACCAUCUAGGUAAGUCCUGUGAACCUGAAGAGUUUCAGUGUGGUAGUGGAGAGUGUAUACCAUUGCAUAAUCUUUGUGAUAACCUCCUUCAAUGUGAAGAUGGCUCUGAUGAAGCAGAGUGUGUGAGAUUGCUUAAUGGUUCUGUAAGCACACAAGGACUGCUACAGAUCAGGACUGGGAAGGAAUGGAACCUGGUAUGUGCAGAGAACUGGAAUGACCAGAUUUCAGACACAGCUUGCCAGCUGCUGGGGCAAAGGAAUGCAAAUAUGUCAUCAGCCAUACUAUUCACUAGCGAUGGCCCAUUUGUCAGUGUUACCAAAGCAGUUAACCAGAGCCUAAUAUUUACAGAAAGAGAUAGUUUGGUAUCAGUGUAUCUUUUCACCGAGAUUGCCAAGAUUGACCAAGAUUUUCACCAAAUGCAUUACAAAAUAACCUGUGGAAAACGUCAUGUAACUGAGAACAGCAGAAUGAGGAUCAUAGGUGGAAGUGAUGCCAAAGCAGGGGCCUGGCCUUGGAUAGUCUCACUUCUUUAUAAUUUAACACCUGUUUGUGGAGCUUCCCUUGUUAGCGAUGAAUGGCUGGUGACAGCAGCACACUGUGUCUAUGGGAGGAAUUUACAAUUAUCUCGAUGGAAAGCAAUUCUUGGUUUGCAUGACCAACGGAAUACAACAAAUGCUUUAACAGUACAUCUAGAAAUUGAUCAAAUAAUUAUAAACCCUCAUUAUGAUAAGAGCACAAAAGACAAUGAUAUUGCGAUGAUGCAUCUUCAAUACAAAGUACAAUAUACAGAUUACAUACAACCUAUCUGCUUACCAGAAAAAAAUCAAGAGUUUUUACCAGGAAGUUACUGCUCCAUUGCUGGCUGGGGUAGAAUUGUGAACCAAGGUCCCACAUCAAAUAUAUUGCAAGAAGCAGAAGUCCCUCUCAUUACAAAUGAAAAAUGCCAGCAAUGGAUGCCAGAAUAUAGUAUUACUGAGAAUAUGAUGUGUGCAGGCUAUGACAGCGGAGGAGUAGAUUCCUGUCAGGGAGACUCGGGUGGCCCUCUGAUGUUUGAAGAUGGUGACAAGUGGUUUUUGGCAGGUGUAACAUCAUUUGGCUACCAGUGUGCACUUCCCCAGCGACCAGGAGUGUAUGCUCGAGUCACAAGUUUUGUGGAUUGGAUCAGAAAAAUCAUCCAUUAG